AUGAUAACACAACUAGAAGAUCCAAAAAAAGUUAAAAAUAAAUUACAAAGCUAUACAAGCAAUAUUUAUAACUCUUGUCCCGACUUGGAACUUAUAACUUGUGGAAAGGUUCGAGAUUUGUACCGAAUAGACGAUAAUACUUUGUUAUUUGUAGCAACAGAUAGAAUAAGCGCAUUUGACGUUAUUAUGAAAAAUGGAGUUCCAGGAAAAGAAAAAUUAUUAACACAAAUAAGUGUAUUUUGGUUUAAUUAUCUGAAGGAUAUAUUGCCGAACCACAUUAUAACUACAGAAUUUGAUCAAAUUUUUUCUGUAGAAGCUAUCGUUCGUGGAUAUAUUACCGGAUCUGCAUGGUCUGAAUAUAAAAAGAAGGGGACAGUUUGUGAUACUACUUUACCCGAAGGAUUAAAAGAAGGUCAAAGUUUUGAGAAGGCUUUAUAUACUCCUAGUACCAAAGCUGAAAUUGAAAUUUCGGUAAAACUAUACACAAAGGCAAAAAAAUAUGCAUUGAGUAAAGGAAUAAUUAUCGCAGACACAGAAUUUGAAUUUGGAAGGGAUGAUACAGGAAUUCUUUAUAUUGUUGAUGAAGUAUUAACUCCAGAUUCCUCAAGAUUUUGGCUUUCCUUGAAUUAUGAAGUUGGCAAAAGUCAAGAAAGUUUUGAUAAACAAUAUUUAAGAAAUUAUUUAUUAAGUAUUGAUUUUGAUAAAAAAACUAGCAUCGAACUACCUAAUGAUAUAGUUACAAAAACUAUGGAGAGAUAUAUUGAAGCUUAUAAAAUGAUAACUGAUUCUGAUCCAACUUUUUUAUGA